AUGGACACCGUCCGAUCCUUCAAGGGCUACGGCAAAGUGGACGAGCUCGAGCAAGCCGCUUUCCGUCGAAAAACCCGAAAACGCAUCAUCAUCCUCUCCAUCUCAUCCGUCCUCCUCCUCGCCCUCAUCAUCGGCGUCGUCGCCGGAACAGUCUCCCGCAACAAGAAAGCCUCAGAUCCCGGCGAGUCUCCGGCGUCCCGGGCAACGGCGGCGGCCGUCAGAUCGAUCUGCAGCGCCACCCGUUACCAGAGCUCGUGCCUCUCGACCCUGAGCUCGUCGAAAUCCACCAACCCGGAGAAGAUCUUCGAGCUCUCCUUGACGGUGGUCCUCAAUUCUCUGCAGAAAAUAUCCGAAUUUCCCGGCGAGUACGCCGCUAGGACCGACGACCCGCGGGUGAGGGAGGCGCUGGGCGUCUGCGGGACGGUGCUGAGCGACGCCGUCGACCACCUCAACGACUCGAUCGCCGCCGCGCGGGGCGGCGGCGGCGGGAUCGAGGACCUGAAGACUUGGCUGAGCACGGCGGUCACCGACCAGGAGACUUGCACGGACGCCCUUCGCGAGGCGGGCGCGGCGUUCGCCGCCGAGGCGGAGGUCCUGAUGAGGAACUCGACGGAGCUCGCGAGCAACAGCCUGGCCAUCGUGUCGAGGAUAAUCGGGGCCAUCGACGUCCCGAUCCACCGGCGGCGGAGGAUGCUGGCAGUGGCGCCGCCGGAGAUGGAUAUGCCGGCGUGGGUUGACCGGAGGCUGCUGCAGCAGGGGGCGGUGAGGCCGGACGUGACGGUGGCGGCGGACGGGAGUGGAGACGUGAGGACGGUGGGGGAGGCGGUGGAGAGGAUACCGAAGAAGAGCAAGGCGAGGUUCGUGAUAUACGUGAAGGCGGGAGUGUACGUGGAGAACGUGGUGCUUGAUAAGUCGUGCUGGAACGUCAUGAUUUACGGCGACGGCAAGAACGCCACCAUCAUCUCCGGCAGCAAGAACUUCGUCGACGGGACUCCCACCUUCUCCACGGCCACCUUUGCCGUUGCCGGGAGAGGGUUCAUCGCACGUGACAUAGGGUUCAAAAACACGGCCGGGCCCAACAAGCACCAAGCGGUGGCCUUGCGUUCCGGCUCUGACCAAUCGGUUUUCUACCGGUGCACUUUCGACGCCUUCCAAGACACGCUCUACGCGCACUCCAACCGCCAGUUCUAUCGAGAAUGCGACAUAACGGGCACGAUCGACUUCAUUUUCGGAAACUCUGCAGUCGUUUUCCAAAACUGCAACAUCUUGCCGAGACAACCUUUGCCUAACCAAUUCGUGACGAUCACGGCCCAAGGGAAGAAGGACCCGAAUCAGAACACGGGGAUUUCGAUCCAAAGGUGCGCGAUUAGCCCAUUGGACAAUCUCUCGGCCCCGACUUAUCUAGGCCGGCCCUGGAAGGAUUAUUCGACUACUGUUAUAAUGGAAACGAGCAUUGGCGGGUUCUUGAACCCGAGAGGUUGGAUUUCGUGGGUUUCGAAUGUGGAUCCACCUAGCUCGAUUUUUUACGGUGAGUAUCGGAACACUGGUCUCGGGGCAAACACGGCCAAUAGGGUUUCGUGGGCCGGAUACAAGCGAAGCAUGACGGCCAGCGAGGCCUCCAAGUAUAAUGUGGACUCCUUUAUCGAGGGUCGGUCAUGGUUGCCGGCGACAACUGUGAAAUUUGACUCAACUUAA